CUAUGGCUAUUUUGAUGAAGACAUGUCUGUCAAGUAUAUCUCUGAGGUGGCACUUGCUUUGGACUAUCUUCACAGGCACGGAAUCAUCCACAGAGACCUGAAACCGGACAACAUGCUCGUCUCUAAUGAAGGUCACAUCAAGCUUACAGAUUUCGGCCUCUCCAAAGUCAAGCUCGAUCGAGAGCUGAAUCUUAUGGAUAUCCUGAUGACGCCUUCCUUAGUGAAGCCGAAGCGGGAUUAUUUUCGCACUCCAGGCCAGGUCUUGUCUUUGAUAAGCUCCCUUGGAUUCAACACCCCGGCGGUGGAGGGCAAGCGGCACAGCAGCGCCUCGGCCGUGUCGAGCCCCGCGCCGUGCGGGAGGGCGGAGCAGCGGAGGCGGUCCUACUGCUCUCCCGUGCUGAGGAAGAGGAAGGAGCACCUGUUCUCCCCGCUCUCCUCCGAGCGGGCGCUGCAUGGCCCCAGUAACAGAAUGUUCAGUCCCAGCCUUCUGGCCAAGAGCCUGACCCCCAGGCUGCUCAAGUCCAGGCGGAGGUUUGAGACCGUGAGCAGCAGCAGCAGCCAGUCCUGCUUUUUCCACUCCACCUCCGACUCGGAGAGCUGCGUGAGCCCCCUGUGGGAGAACGCCCAGGAAAUGGAAGAGGUUGAGAACUUCCCUUACCCCAACGGGAGAGAUGUGAUUGGCAGAAUGGGCAGACCCUCUACUACCUCAAAGCUGCCUGGAGAUAAGACAGGCCACGAUUUUAGGAAACCGGGCCAUGACUCCGCUCUGGCUACGCUGGACAACCUCGACCUGAGCGCCCGUACUCAGAGGGGGCAGCUGGAUUUCACCUCUGAGGAAUUUUCCAGAAAAACCAAGAACGAUGCUGCUCAAGGCAGCAAGCUGCAGUUCAACGAUCCGGAAAGUUUCGGGCAGGGAAAAGCCGCCCCGUCAGCAGGGGGAGCUGUGUCUGCUGCAGGUGAGCAGUCUUCCACCGCGGUCACCCAGCCAAAGGCAGCCUGGCCGACUCCCAAGCUGACCCCGUCUGUGAAACGAGGGUUCGAGCAGGUCGAGAAAAGUCCCGACUACAGCGAGGUCCAGGCAAAGAAGAAGGACGUGGAAUACAAGCGCAGCUGCCAGGUCCCGGAGAGGAGCACCGGCCUCACGGGGGUGUUCGCCACGGUGCGGCUCCAUAGCUUCGGCGGGGAACCGUUGGGGUGCGAGGCUCCCGAGCAGCAGGUGGCGAAGAGGUCCAGCCCCGCCCCCGUGGCGAAGAACCUGCUGUGCGAGCUGGAGGAGCCGUCCGAGGACACCGCUGCCGCCUCUGGGACGGGGUCCGACUCCAGCCUGACGUCCGACGGCGACCUGAGGCGGAGCCUGAGCCUGGACUCGGACAGCUCCCUGCAGGACAUGUCCAUCAUCUCCGCCACCCCCCUCCGGGAGGCCCCGGGGCCUGGCGGCGCCCCUCGGGGCGGGUCGCUGACGUCGCCGUCGUCAUCGCUGGAGGAGAUGGACGAGGGCGAGGGCCAUCCUAGGGUCCCCCGGGGGGCGGGCGGAGGGGGCCCCUCCUCAGCGCCGCCGGGCGGGCCAGCGAGCUCCCCCGCCCUCCUGAAGCCCAGGAACGUGGUGGCUUUCCGGAGCUACUGCAGCUCCAUCAACAGGUCCAACAUGUCCGGGUGCUCCCGGCUCAGUUUGGUCUCCGUGGACACCAUGGAGACGUCCACCUCCGCCUCCUACCACAGCUCCUCCGUUGCCAUGACCCCGGUGCAGAGGAGGAGGGGCCCCAGCUCCUGCAGCUCUCUCUACCAGACGCCGCAGCAGACCACCUCUCACACCCCUUUCAGAACCCCGAAGAGCGUCCGCAGGGGGCCUGCGCCCGUCGAAGGGGGGCCCCUCUUAGGGACCCCCGACUACCUGGCUCCAGAACUGCUCCUGGGGAAGCCUCACGAUUUCAUGGUGGACUGGUGGGCGCUGGGGGUCUGCCUGUUCGAGUUCCUGACCGGGGUGCCCCCCUUCAACGACGAGACUCCGCAGCUCGUGUUCCAGAACAUUCUCAACAGAGAUAUUCCCUGGCCAGACGGUGAAGAGGAGCUGUCUCCUAAUUCCAGGAAUGCCAUUGAAAUCCUCCUCACCAUGGACAUGACAAAAAGGGCAGGCCUCAAAGAGCUGAAAGGCCACCCGCUCUUCGAAGGCCUGGACUGGGACAACCUGCAGAACCAGCCCAUGCCGUUCAUCCCCCAGCCGGUCGACGAGACGGACACCUCCUACUUCGAGGCCAGGAACAACGCCCAGCACCUGGCCGUCUCAGGGUUCAGCCUGUAGAGGGGUGGCGGAUGCACCCCCCCGCUGCCAUAUUCACUUUCCUCUCAAGCAACAAUGAUCUUGAAAAUUGGAGGUAAGAAGAUCUCAAAGCCCUACAAGGGAGGUGAAAACGGACAGAUGUUUCACCCUCCCAGCUAAAAUACCCACUGUGCA